UGCCACUACCUAAUUGUUCCCUACGAGGACUCCUUCAAUACACUUUGUUCAUACAUUCUGUACGCAAUACGUCUCUCUUCUCUUUUCUUCCUUUCGAAAAGUACAAAUACAUCGUCUAUAUACUCAUCAUUCUCCUUUGCAACUUGUUCCAAUUCCUCAAAGUCAAUUCUAUUUCACCCAACUAUAACAUCACUCCUCUUCAAAAUGAAGCACAUGAACGCCACCCUCGUUAUCUUCCUUCUCCUCUCAAUCUUAUUGCUACAUUGCUGCCGGAGCAUCCAACAAAAAUGCCAAUAGACCAUCCUCUAAAGCAAAGACAACUUCAAACGCACGUACAAAAGCUCCUCCAAAAUCACUCCAACACGACGCAGACAACCUCAUGGAAGCUAUCGUAGCUGCUGCCUUCGAUAUCGGUGGAAUCGACAUGAUUUGUGCCCAGAAAGCAUGUGAUAAUGACCACGGGGCUCGCUCUGACGCUUGCAACGCCGCAGGACUUGGAAAAUAUCUUGAAGACUGUCAGCAAAUGAUGACGAAUCUUGGAGUAAAAAGGAUUCCUGUCAAGUUACCCGCCAUGGACAGGAAGAUGUUGAAGGAGAGGGUCAAGGGUCUGAAGGAGAAAUACGAGACGGAUUCCGCUUUCAAGACCAAAAGCUAUGCAGAUGCGAUGAAGAUGAUGGAGAAUAUGAACAAGAGCGAAGACGGAGACGAUGUGGAGGAGGCGAGGAACCACAGGAACGAGCUCUAGAUAAACUCUAUUGAACCUUUCCAGGACCAUCUUAUUAAUCGUAGUGUUUAUUGUGUAUGGC